CCCAAAGAAUUGCGUGCCGUUCAACCUCGUUCCAACCCUUUCCAUCCCCAAACGAAAUCGACAGCAGAGCUGAGCUGAACCUCCUCUGCUUGCAAUUCCUUUUUUCUUUUUCUUUUUCUUCUUUCUUUUUUCCUGCCAUGGGUGUCUUCGACAACCUGAUGCUUGGCCUCGACCAAGGCCUGUCGGAGUUCUUUGCGCAAUGGAACGCCUACUCGACAGCCCUCGUCACCCUCCUCGUCCUCGUCAUCUCUUACCGCCUCGUUACUCAUAAGGAGCCCGAUGUGCACCCUCUGCUGCUGGCCCGUCAAGCCCAGUCCUCUCCCGUCCGACAGGAGGGCGAGUCUCCGGUCUAUCGUGCCCAUGGCGUUCCCCAUGGCAUGGCCUUGAACAGCGGGCUCAACAUUAAGGAUACCGGUGCCUCCAAGUGGUCAUGGGGCCGCGACGGAGAUCUACGGGAUAUAUGGCGCAGGGCUGUUGCUGGGACGCCUGAGGAAGCCGGGAAGCCUUCGGGGACCAAGGGACGUUUGCUGACGGCUCAUGGGCCGAAGAUUGAGGCCCAUUCUCUUGACGACAUCACGCGCCAAAUCAACCUGCUCGGCCGAUACCUUCACGAUCAAGGCGGAAUCCGGGUCGCCAUCUAUCUGCCCAACUCCAUCGAGCUCCUCGCAACUCUCUUCGCCUGCUGCUUUUACCCGAACCUCAUCCCCAUCCUCAUCCCCUUCGGUGUCAAGGAAGAUGAACUUGUGUCCAUGCUACGCCGCUCUGCCGCCGAUACGGUUGUCACCGCUCCUGGCGCCUUCCCCUUCAACGUUGUCGUCGAGUCGUACCCCGCCCUUCGUCAACUGGUCUGGGUUGCGGACGAGGGCAACCGUCACAUGGACUGGAACGAGGUGCCCCAGGGCAUGGGCGGCAGCGUCAACGUCGCCACAUGGCAGGACAUCGUCCAAGAGGCCCCCGUCGCCGCCGGUACCGAACUCCCCCCGGCAGCCGGUCAGCAAGAGGCGCAAGACAUCAUCAUCUUCUGGCAAGGCAAGCCCGGCUCCGUCGACGAGAUGGUCCGCUUCUCCCAAAACAACCUGGUCUCCGCCGUCGCCGCCCAGCUCGCCGCCGUACCCGCGGCGCAGCGUCUCGGGCCCUCGGACCUGUUCCUCCCCGCCGACUCUCUCACGAACGUCUACACCCUCGCCCUGACCCUGACCGCGCUGUACUCGAACGCCUCGCUCGCCCUCACCUCCGUCGCCGGCAAGUCGGCCGACCUGAUCCUGGCCACCCAGGGCGUCGCCCCCACCGUCGUCGUCGCCUCGCCCGAGACCCUCCUCAACGUCCACCAGGAGUCGUCCCGCAAGCUGUCCUCGGUACCGGCCAAGCUGUCGCACUGGCUCCGCACCCGGAGCCUCGUGGAGAACGGCGUCAUGCCUACUUCGUCGGCGACUUCGGGCUACCACCCCGCCGUGGGGACCUCCCCGAAGAAGCUCCGGCUCGUCUACACCGCCGAGCGGGCGCGCGCCGGGUCCCCCGCCCUGUCGUCGCAGGUGUUGUCCGACCUCCGGGUCUGCCUGGGCGCUCGCGUCGUUUACGCCCUCACGGCAGCCGAGGUCGCCGGCGCCGUUGCGCAGACGGGGUACUACGACUACAGGCUACAGCCGGAGACUGGGUCUUACUCGCAUUUCGGCGCCCCUGUCACGAGUACCGAGGUCAUUCUCCGCGACACGCCAGACCUGAAGUCCACCGAUGAGCAGUAUCAAGGAGAGAUCGUUGUCAGGGGCCCUUCGGUGGUCGGAAACGAGGCCGCCUUGGGGGUCAAUGGGAAGAUCCUCGAGGACAACACUCUCGCAUAUGUAUGAGAAGGAGGUUCAUAGGAAGACACGGAGACAGAGAGAGAGAGAGAGAGAGAGAGUUCUUUGCUUUGUUAUGCCUUCCGAGGAUAGCGAGGCAUCUUUUACCUUCCACCAUUAGACCCGGUUGACCUGAUGCGAAAGACCAAGCGAAGCCGGAGAACGUUCCUAAAAGACGACUUUAUUCUAUGAGAUGAAUAUGACGAAUCAACUUAAAAAUAGAAUACUGUGAGAUUCUGCCCGACAAACCCCGAUCAAAUGUAGGCGUUGUAAAAGCCUGGCUAGCCCGAGGGACUCCCCCGGGAGUGAUGGCUUUGCUGUUUGUGUAUGCGUGGUUGUGGGUGUCUAUCAAGUACUGAAUAGCAGAGUAGACGCGACACAUGAGUCUUAUGGUCGUAAGGGGAUGAAGAGACAGCG